CUGUUUGAUGAGUUAUAAGGCUUCCUCGUGCGUAUGUAGAAGGAGAGAUAGAAAGAAACGGGACAACGUGCUGUGCUGUGCACGCAUCAGACAUCCCUGGACAGCUGAUAAGGCGGCACACGCGCUGUAUAGUUCCGUAACAACGGCAGUAGCAGUAAACUGCUGCAUGCCGGCUGAUAGGUAGUCCUUCGCGAGACGUCUAUUGGAGCGCAUUCGACGAUGUGCCCCCGGUACGGAUCUCACUUCGUGGUGUUGCUUCUGCUACUGUGUACAAUCAGCUGGGUGCAUCGGGUCGCAUCCGAUGACGGUGUGUUGCGGUCACUGUACGUGCUAGAGGAUUGGAAUGAGUGUAGCGCCAGGACGGACAAACCGGUACUGUACUGUAUGGCGAGGGUUAUUCUACCCGAGGAGAACAUCCGGCAUGUAGCAGGUCCUUUCCUACCGGUGGAUGAUCGUAAGCACUUUCGCCGAACGCUGCUCGAAUGGGGUGUCUGUUUGUCUGCGGGCACGGAACUGAGCAGUGAUAGUGACCUUUCCCGGAGGCGGCGCACAGAAUUACCGAGCUCAUGGAACCGUUCGGAUCGUUACCGUCUCGAACGUCACUUCUAUCCGGCCGCCUAUCAAGCGGAUCCUCACACCGAGCUAGCUGUCCAGGAGCGCGUGGUUGCUGGAUUACGCUCCAAGCUGCCCGGUGUCCAGCCGUACACGGAGGUGGAGUACUGUGUGCCGCCGGUGCCUCGCGAACACUACCAAUCGGCGGUAGCGGUUACUCUUUCCGCCUUUGUUGCCGUGUUCGCGUGCUAUUUGUGUUUCAAAUCUCGAGGAUCGAGCAUCAGUGGGAAAAGUAGCAGCAGCAGCAGCAGCAGCAACGGUACGCAAACGAUCAACAGCAAAGCGAUUGCCCAGCAUCAGCUCCUUCUGUUUGACAUCUUCAAGUGCUACGGUUUGGUGGGGCUGGUAUUGGCGCAUUGCUGCCUGUUCGGUCCAUUCAUGAUGCCGCUUGAAGAUACCUCUGAUCUAGAGCGGGUUCUCACCCAGCCCAACGUGAAGCUGAGCCAGCUUACGUUCCCGUUUCUGAUGCUCGUGUACUUCACCAUGAGCUCGAUGCUGUUGACCGUGAAGCUGGUAGCCGAUAGAAGAUCAUCGGAACAAACGGGGGCGCCAUCGCGACCUACACUAGCGGCGAUCAUCGUGAACCGGCUGAUAAGGCUGGUACCGCUCAAUCUGCUCACGCUCGCCUUUUGCACCCUCGCGUACGAGCAUUUCGUCGCCGGACCGCUCGCACCUCGUCAGCUGAUCGUGGAGCAAACCGCGUGCCGGUCACACUGGUGGCUCAACGUGCUGUUUCUCUCCAACUACAACACCCAUGAACCGUGUCUACCACACUCGUGGUACGUUAGUGCGGACUUUCAGCUGUUCAUCGUCAUUGCAACGCUGCUAGUUGCUUCAUUUAGAUGGCCCCACAGGACACCAUUGAUCAUCACGGGUGCGAUCGUGUGCUCCUUCCUUGGGCCCUUUCUCACCGUGCUUUGGAAUGACUUCGAUCCGAUUGGUCCGCUAAGUUUGCACGAGAUGCGCUUCUUCCUGCUUGACAGUGCCUUUAUGGCGCGGCUUUACACACCCUUCUACAACAACCUGUGCUGGAGUGUCGGUGGUAUGGUGGCGGGCUUGCUGUACGAUCGCUACCGGGAGCUUUCCGGUCGAUCGAGCCACAGCAUCGUAUGCCGUACGUUGAACCAGUUCAUGGCAUUCACCUUCUUCCUGCUGCUCGUGUUCAUUCGGCUUACGAUCGAAGCUUCCGAAAGCUCCGAGGGCCGCCUCUGGUUGGCGGCUUGCUACGCACUCUACAAGCUCACGGCGGCUGCCUUCUUUAGUGCGCUGUUCCUACGAGUUUUGCUUACGGAGAAUGACUUUCAAGGAUCGGCCGUGGUCAAGUUCGGUGCGAAGCUGUACUAUUGUGUCUACCUGAUCCACUUUCCCAUCUUUCGGAUAAUGUUCAGCAACGAAACUAGCGUACUGCACGGUUCCACCGAGCUCCUGGUUUGGAUGGGGCUGAAGGUAUUCUUCGUUUCCUACUUCCUAGCGAUCAUGUUACACCUGGCGGUGGAGAAACCUGCGAUGAACUUGCUGCGCAGCAUCAUCUUUCGAACGAAAUAGAUAAAGCACCGUGCGUGGUGUAGCUGUUCCCGCGACGACGUCACACGAUCGAGUGUUUUGUAUUUUGUUUGUUUUAACGGAUUCGAUGACAAAAAAAAAUAAUAAAAAAAAACAACGCCGUUAGAAUUCGGUAACGAAAGUAAAUCCCGUCGCGAGCGAGAACCGAACACACACCAGAUGGUUUUGAAGGUCAAUAGACACUAGAAGCCGGCGGAGCAUCUCCAGCCAGCCGGUU